AAUGACGCAAGAGAAAAGGCAGAUUGGAGAGACGAGAGAGAGUGACUACUUCCCCGUAAUUUGCUGCCAUUCUGAAGAUUACAUACGCUCGUCCUGUCCAUGGACCGGGAUACUUGCCAUGUGCUCUAGCCAGCCAGUUGCACGGGUGCCGAAUAACACCCGCUCCAUGACUCAUGAGCGCAUGAUCCUUCCACUUCCCUAACGCGAAGGCCUCCUGCCUCCACCCUGUCGCUCCUCUCCGGUCUCCACGGCUACGGGCUACGGCCAGGCCAUUUUUCUCUGUUUUGUUAUUCGUAUGAACAGAGAAGCCAAGCACUAGCUGGACCGGAGCCUGGAUGAGCACACGGCGGCCGAGACGACGCAUAUAUACUAAGCCACCUGCUGGCCGGCUGCAGCAGGAAGACGAGAGGAACGAUCGCCAGAUCCGAGAUUCGGAGGUGGUGCUGCUGCUUGCCCUCCGGCGGCCAUGGGUAAUUGUUGCUUCGGCUCCGACGUGCCCGAGGUGGGGGCCGUCAAGGCAAUGGCCCAUGCCCACCACGCGCACCCGCAAGUGGCAAUGGCGAAGCGCGUCAUGGCCGCGUCCAACGCUGCCCACGCCGCGGUGAGCCCAGGGAUGCCCGGUAGGUCGCCGCCCAGCGCGCCAUCCACCAGUAGAGGAGGCGCCGGCACCGGCAUCAAGCGCCCGGCAGGCGGAGGCGCAACGACGAGCGGGGGCGGCGGCGAGGCGAGCCUGAACGGGAGGAUCCUGGAGGUGCCCAACCUCCGGGUGUUCACGUUCGCGGAGCUCAGGGCGGUCACCCGGAACUUCAAGGCGGACACCGUGCUCGGCGAGGGCGGGUUCGGGCGGGUGUACAAGGGCUGGGUCGACGAGCGGACCAUGAGCCCCGCGCGGAACGGCGCCGGCAGCAUGCCCGUCGCCGUCAAGAAGCUCAACCCGGAGAGCUUGCAGGGCGUGCAGGAAUGGCAGACCGAGGUGAAUUUCCUGGGGAGGCUUUCGCAUCCCAACCUGGUGCGGCUGCUGGGUUACUGCUGGGAGGAGAAGGAGCUCCUGCUGGUGUACGAGUACAUGGCCAAGGGCAGCCUGGAGAACCACCUCUUCAGAAGCGAGCCACGAAAGGGCGGAGCCGCCGUGCAGCCGCUGCCGUGGAGCGUCCGGCUGCGCAUCGCCAUCGGCGCCGCCCGCGGGCUGGCCUUCCUGCACUCGUCGGAGAAGCACGUCAUCUACAGGGACUUCAAGGCUUCCAACAUCCUUCUCGACACGCACUUCAACGCCAAGCUCUCCGACUUCGGCCUCGCCAAGGACGGCCCCGCCGGCGGGAGCAGCCACGUGACGACCCGCGUCAUGGGCACCUACGGCUACGCCGCUCCGGAGUACAUGGCCACGGGCCACCUCUACGUGAAGAGCGACGUGUACGGCUUCGGCGUGGUGCUGCUGGAGAUCCUCACCGGCAUGCGCGCCCUGGAUACGGACCGGCCGGCGGCGCAGCACAACCUGGUGGACUGGGCCAAGCCGUUCUUGGCGGACCGCAAGAAGCUGGCGCGGCUUGUCGACCCGCGCCUCGAGGGCCAGUACUCGUCGCGGGGGGCGCAGCGGGCGGCGCAGCUCACGCUGCGGUGCCUCGCCGCCGACCACAAGAACCGACCCUCCAUGCGGGAGGUGGUCGCCGUGCUCGAGGAGAUCGAGUCCAUGUCCAGGGCCGCGGCGACGAGGAUGGAUGGCUCGGCGUCACCGCGCCCCGCGGCGGCGGGGCGGAACGGGCACGCGGCUCAGCGACACGGGUCGGGGUCGAGCUCGGACUGGGCUGGCCCGGCUGGUGGCCGCCGCACCCACCCGUCGCCUAGAGCUGUUGGGUAGCGCGUGCACGAAUGAAAAUUCUGCCACGUCUGGCUUGCUGAACGUGGGAGGUUUCACCACGUGCCACGCAGAAUACUGUUUCUGGACCUUCAAAGAGGCAUGUCUUGCUCCUGGUCCUGGAGUCCUGGUCUCAUAUUGGUGAUGUACAGUGUUCCAUUGCAAACUAAUGAUGAUCGAUAAU